AUGGAAUCUAAAAAUACAGCAGAUGAAUUACCUCCGAAUCGGACUCUUCACUGCUCCAACCUUGACGACAAAGUCCACUACAAUGAAAUGAAAAGCCUGCUCUUCGAAUUGUUCAUACCCUUCGGCGAAAUCGUGAAUGUUCAUGUGAAGCAAACCGCAACUCUUCGCGGCCAAGCCUGGGUAUCGUUCAAGGACAUUAGUGCUGCUACUGUAGCCAUGCGCAAAUUAAACGGCAAUGAAUUUGUCGGCAGGCCUAUAAACGUUAACUACGCGAAGGAGACUACUAAAAUCGUUCAGUUGGCUGAAAACGCUCAGAAGAAAAAGUAA